GCAAGAGGUCGAAGAGCCCAUGCACGGACCCCUAUUUCUGAUGAUAUAAGAGCAACUUUGGUGGACCAUGUCAUCAACCAUGGCCUGACUAUGAGGGAAGCUGGGCAGAGAGUCCACCCACAUCUAAGCCGCUUCACAGUGGCAUCUGUAAUAAGAACAUUCCGACUAGAAAACCGCAUGACUAGAAGACCUUCUGGGGGAGGACGCCAACGCCUGUUCACACAACAGCAGGAACUUGCCGUUGUGGACCUAGUGAGGGCAGACAAUGCCAUCCGUCUCCACCAGCUACGACAGAAAAUACUUGCAGACAGCCAAGUGUUCAACAACAUAAACCAUGUGAGCAUCAGCACCAUCAGACGCAUCUUGGGAAAACACAACAUCACCAUGAAGCAGCUCUACAGGGUCCCGUUUGAGAGGAACAGCGUCAGGGUCAAAGGACUUCGAGCUGAAUAUGUACGGAGAAUCUUGGCCAUGGAUGGAGCUGCACAGCCUCAUGAAUUCAUUUUCAUUGAUGAAGCUGGAUUUGACCUGAGCAAAACAAGACGACGGGGUCGUAAUGUAAUUGGCCAAAGGGCAAUUGUGCACGUCCCGGGGCAGCGCGGGGGAAAUAUCACAUUGUGUGCCGCCAUAAGCCUUCGGGGGCUUCUGCAUCAUCAUGCAAAACUAGGUCCAUACAAUAGCCAACAUAUACUCACAUUUCUAGAUGCUCUCCAUAAUAUAGUUGUACAGAACAGACCAGAUCAGCCCAGGUUUGUGGUGGUAUGGGAUAAUGUCAGUUUCCAUCGGGCUGCUCUGGUCCAGACCUGGUUCACCAACCACAAUCAGUUUGAAGUGGUAUACUUGCCCCCUUACUCACCAUUUUUAAACCCUAUAGAGGAAUUAUUUUCGGCUUGGAGAUGGCGUGUAUAUGACCGCCAACCACAUGCCCGCAUGCCUCUUCUGCAGGCAAUGGAUCAGGUGACCGCAAUCCAUGGAUGGUUUCGACAUGCUAGGGGAUAUUUUCCCCGGUGCCUAGCGGGAGAAGACAUUGCUUGCGAUGUCGAUGAGGUCCUGUGCCCAGACCCCAACAGACGGCGGGAUCCAUGAGCCCACGUAUGCAAUUGCCAUGAUUUUCUGUGUUUACAGUAUAGUGUUUUUUCUAUUAUUAUUUUUUUGCUUUAUCUGAAUUCAUGUUACUGCAAUGUACAAUAUUGAGUAUUUUGCUUUUUUGGUUGUUUGAAAAUGUGCCUCCUGAAAAUAUGCCUUCUGAAUAAACAGUGAAAAUCAAAGACUGCAGUGUUUUAUAUAAAGUAAACUAGUGUGUUCCCCCUGAUCUGAAAGUGUAUGCAUAUGAUGCAAGUAUGUGUCAAUUUGUCAUCAGAGUUACAUUUUGAGAAAGGAAUGUUAGGUUUUGAUAGCAGAGUUUAGGUUUUGAUAGUAGAGUUUCAAUUUGACACAGAUGUGAAUGGUAUAUUUCCCAGUGUUG